AUGCUAGUCUUGCAGUACAUCGCCAAUUCGAGCAGACGAUUUCAAACGUUUGUAGCGAACAGGAUAGCAGUCAUGCAAGAGCUGUCAAGAACUGACCAGUGGAGACAUGUCGGCACAUCGCUGAACCCAGCAGAUGAUGCAACUAGGGGAUUACCUGUCCUGGACCUGGUUGCAGGAUCUCGGUGGAUACGAGGUCCUGACUUUCUACUCAGUGAUGAAGAACGGUGGCCAAAGGGAAAGGAGCUGCCAGCAUUACUGAACGACUUACUGGAGGUGAAACGAGAAGUACACCAGAGAUCUGUAGUUGCUCUGGCAGUGAGCGAGCAGUCAAAGUGGUCCCUCGCCAAACUUACAAGGACCGCAGACCUGCGCCUCAAACUGAAGAGGCUAAGCACUGAGGAACUACAGUCGGCUGAGCAGACAAUUAUAAGAUUGGUGCAGAAAGAGGCUUAUGAGAAAGAAAUCCAAACUGUCAUAAAGGGUGAGCUGCCGAAGGACAAUAAGCUAUAUAAACUGGAAUUUUACUUGGACGAGCGAACGUUGCUCAGAUCAAAGGGAAGAAUUAAAGGAACCCUUCUUGGGCGAAGUGGUGAGGAGCCAAUCUUGCUGCCUAGAGACCACCACAUCACCGAAAUCAUAGUGCGGGAGAUGCACGAAGAGAGAGCCGGACAUGCCGGACGAGAACACACGAUGGCGUGUGUGAGGCAAAGGUAUUGGAUUCCCCAGGGCAGACGCUUGCUUGAUAGAAUCAUACGACGCUGUGUAGUGUGCCGACGGAACAACUGGAGAAGUCGGCAUCAAAGGCAAGCUGACUUACCAAUAGAUCGUGUCACUCCUGGAAAGGCUCCAUUUGCUUACACUGGAAUGGACUGUUUUGGCCCAUUCAUUAUCAAGGUAGGGAGGAAACAGGUUAAGCGCUGGGGAUGUCUGUUUACAUGUCUAACUAUUAGGGCUGUUCAUCUAGAAGUCUUGGCCUCAUUAGACGCAGAUGCCUUCCUCAACGCAAUAACAAGGUUCUCACGACGCAAAGGUACACCAGAGCGUAUUAGGUCGGAUAAUGGGGCAAACAUGGUACGGGCAGCCAAAGAGCUCAAACUGGCAGUGAAAAGUUGGGAGCAAGAUGACAGACUCAGUGGUGCCUUACUGAAAGCAGAUAUUGACUGGGUCUUCAAUCCACCAGCUGCCCCAUACAUUGGGGGAGUAUGGGAAAGGCAGAUUCGCACAGUAAAGAAGGUUCUGCAGGCGAUUCUGGGCUCACUAGUUUUAGACGAUGAACGUCUGCAAACACUGUUCUGUGAAGUGGAAGCCAUAGUUAACGAGAGGCCAAUCACCCCGGUUCCAAACACUCCAAAUGAACCAAAGGCUCUCACGCCUGCUGAUCUUUUGCACUUAAGUCAAAAGGGUAAUCUUCCCUUAGGUGGAAGGUCAAUAGGCGAAUCAUACUACAGAAGGCGGAAGCAUGCCCAGUACCUUGCAGAUCAAUUUUGGAAGCGCUGGCUGACGGAGUACCUCCCUCAACUCAGAACUCGACAAGUGCAUUUCAGACCACGGCGCAACUUUCGCCCUGGUGACCUAAUUAUUAUAGCAGAAGCAAGUAGUCCACGCAACAAAUGGCACCUUGGUCGAGUGAUGGAAGUCAAGGCUGGCGAGGAUGGACUUGUCCGACAGGCAGUGGUUAAGACGACGACGUCCACAAUGUUGCGACCUGUGACAAAAUUAUGCUUGUUGGAGGGAGCAAUGGAAAGGGUUGACGGAGUCGGCCAGGAAAGUGAAUUGGGUAUCCACACAUGA